UCUCAAGCUUAGGUGAGAUUGUGGGAAUGUAGGUCGCGCCUUCCCUAACCCUCAUAGGCAUAUGCAAGGCUUCUGCGCUAAGGACUAUAUCAGCAAUAAGUACAAAAACAAACACCACAACAAAGUAUCGCGGUCAAAAACUCUGUACUACGUUAACUACUCUCCUCUUCUGCAUUCCCUCCAUACUCAGAGCCAUGAUUUUGCUCUUCAUCACCUCGUCUCUCCUUCUCUUUGUUGGCGUGCGCAUCUUCAAAUGGGUCCGCAACUACCUCCAAGCCCGCAGCUAUGGCCUACCCAUCAUUCUCCUCCCAGUCUCAUUCAACGAACCACUAUGGAUGGUCUUCCGGCCCCUCUUCGCAUGGGUCGAAUACCUCCCCUUCGGCCUUGGAAAUUGGUAUCUCUACACGACCAUGGGCUGGCCGACGGAAGACGGUUCUCGCUCGCUGCGCCGCUACGGCGAAAACCUCGUCCUCUGCUCCCCCGUCGACAACAUCAUCGCAACCUGCGAACCCGCCGUUGUGCAAAAGGUGUGGACCGAGACAAGAGACAUCUGGCGCAUGCCGGAGAGCCAGAGUCAGCUUUUUACCUUCUUCGGGCAGAACGUGAGUAGCACGCACGGCGAGGACUGGAAACGGCAUAGAAAGGUUACUGUACAAGCGUUCAAUGAGCGCACGAUGGUUGGUGUGUGGAGUGAAGCGAAACGCCAGACGAAAGCACUGAAGCUCACGCUUGAGAAGGAGCGCGAGAGGAGUUUGGGCAGGGUGAGGAGUACAUUUGAUAUCCUGGCAAUGCAGGUCCUCGCUGUUGUUGCCUUUGGCCAGGAGACCGAGUUGACCAGCGUGCCGAAGGGGCAUAAGAUGAGCCUCAUGGAGAGCAUGGGGUUCAUACUCAAGCAUGUUCUGCUCACGGUGGUGUUCAACUCGCUCCAAGCGCCAGCUUUCCUGCUCCCAAGCGUAUUGCGGAAGCUGAAAGUCUCGGUCGCGGAGGUCAGAUUGUACAUGGAAGAGCUAGUCCUUGCACACAUGAAAUCCACUUCUAAGCCCUCCGUCUUACGGACGCGCCCGGCGAGUCUGAUCGAAGCCAUAGUAUCGGCCAACGAACUCGAGAAGCGCGGAGACAGCUCAGGAAAACCACGAAGUUACCUCACAGACUCGGAACUCUACGGCAAUAUAUUCGUCUUCAACCUCGGCGGGUACGAAACCACCGCAGCAACACUCACAUUCGCGCUCCCCUUCCUCGCCCUCCACCCCGAGAUCCAGACCUGGAUUGCCGAAGAGAUCGACACGCAUGCCAAAACUCACGCCAGUGGCAAAGACGAAGAAAGCGAUCUUGGGUAUAACGAUGUUUACCCACGAUUGCUACGCACCCGCGCUCUUAUGUACGAAACACUUCGCUUCGCCUCUCCCGCGCCCUUGUUCGUCAAAACACCGCUUGUCCCUGUGAACAUCGAUGUGACCACGCCCUCUGGUCCCAGGACUAUCAGUGUGAAACCAGGCACACUGAUGGGCAUGAACCAAUACGGCGCGCACCUCUCUCCUCGCUGGGGCUCGGACGCCGAGACCUUCAAUCCAAAGCGCUUCAUCAGCGUCGAUGAGGAGGGAGAAGAGAGGUUUCAGAUGCCGGAGGGCCCGGCGUAUACUGCGUGGAUGAUUGGACCGAGAAUGUGUCCGGCGAGGAAGUUUAGUCAGGUUGAGUUUGCUGGGAUUAUGGCUGAGCUGCUUAAGGAUUGGAGGGUUGAGAUUGUGAGGGAGGGUGGGGAGAGUGAAGGGGAGGCGCGCGAACGGGUUAACAAGGUGUUGAGGGAUGAGAAGUAUUUUAAUGUUAGUGCACAUUUGAGGAGGCCGGAGGUGGCGGGUGUGAGGUUUGUGAGGAGGUCUUGA